AUGAUGGCAUCUCGCGUGGCCUGGCUCGUUUUUUUUGUACUCUGCUCGUCGCGUCUCGCGAGCGCGCAGAGUGCGUCGUGUCCGAUCGAUGCCAAACGGAUAGAACUCACUGGUCUGGGCGAGGCGUGCGCUGAGACGCGGAGCGACGUUUGCGAGUCAUGCGUGUGCUUCCUUGCCGAGGCAAUCCUCGACGCAGGGUACGAUUUCGCGAGUUUAGAUUUGAAUGCCUGCGCGCUGGAAAAUAUCAGCGUCCUCCUGGCGAACGGGGCGACGAUCGCCGGGUUCCUUCGAGUCUAUGCUUGCCCACAGACGCGGCCAAACUGCCUCUCGCCGCCCACGCCCACGCCCACGCCCAUGAUGGGACUGGAGUCACCUCCAACCUCCGUGUCGCCGCCGACGCCUCCGAUCCCGACAGAGUGGUUGCGAGGAGGAUCAAAUACGAACGGCAGCGGCGUGUAUUUGGAAGCUUUCGGUGCGAUCGAUCCCACCAACGAGACUGUGGCCGGUGAUUCCGGCAGCAAAGCGCAAAUCGCCUUCGGCGCUGGUCUGGGAAGUGCCAUCGCUUUGUUCAUCCUGUGUGGUGUCUUAUACCAUCGGUACAGGAUGUUCGUCGCUCCAAAACUUCGAAUGAAGUACGCGCACCUCUUGAAUCCAUGCCAGUAUCCGCUCUCUCUGGAGCUGCGAAACUGCACGUGUGGAAACCUCGAGAAGUUGAUUCUCCAAGACAUCAACUUUUGCGUUCGCAACGGACAGUUGGUAGGCAUUCUCGGACCAAGCGGGUGUGGUAAAACGACCUUAUUAAACGCCAUAGUACACGGAGACAUGGUUACCAAGGGAUCGGUCACGAUAUGCGGUGAAAAGGUUGACGUGAAGAGGCAUCGAAUAGCGUUUGUCCCACAGAAGAAUGGUUUGAUUCACCAUCUGAGUGUUUUUGAAACCAUUUACUUUGCGGCUCGUCUCAGGUUGCCAUGGUUUUUCGAUGACGUGAAAGAGCGAACGAAUAGAGUCAUUCAUGAGCUUGGUUUAGAGAACGUUGCCGACGCAUACAUCGGAGCUACUCUUUCUGGCGGCGAACUGCGACGAACGUGCAUUGCAGCCGAAUUAAUUUGCGAUCCAGAAAUUUUGAUUUUGGACGAGCCUGCAUCUGGGUUGGACGCGCAUGCGGCGAAAAAUGUUUUCUCAACGCUUCGAAAUCUUGCGCGUGACAAGGAAAAAGCCGUCGUUGUCUCUGUUCAUCAGCCUUCUCGACGCAUACUCAUGAAUUUUGAUGUUGUACUGCUCCUUGGUCCGACGGGACGAAUGCUCUGGAAUGGAUCCCCACAUGACCUCGAUGACAUACUUUCGCACAUUGGGAUGGAACCACCGCUAGGUGUGAGCACCGCGGAAUGGCUACUCGAUAUUGCCUGUGAGAAAGAGGUACAGUUUCUUGAGAAAGUGACUGCGUACGAGAAGCUUCGAUCCACUUCUAAAACAUGCGAGACCAUUGUGAGGCCAAACCUUAUGAUUCCAGUGCGAGAAACUGUGAACGCUAGUUCAAUCAUCACCCAGUUCCAUCUUCUCACGUGGCGCUCUUGCAUUACCGCAUUUCGGGACAGACGAGUUCUGAUCUCGCACUGGAUAAUACCGAUCUUAAUCGGAAUACUUCUUGGCGCGUUGACGCAAGCCUCGGACGAUCUGGAGGGAUUUCAGAAUCGAAUGGGCGCGGUGUUCUUCCUCUUAACUUUUUUUGCUCUGUCGGCGAUGACAUUCAUCGACAUUAUCAAUGUCGAGCGCCCCGUCAUCGUACAACAGAUCAGAUCACAAUAUUACCACCAAGAGGUAUACUUCAUCAGCAAGCUUCUGAGUGACUGGUUCCUGCUUAGAGUUUGUCCGACAGUGCUAUCGGUGAGCGCGUUCUACUUUUUGAUGGGACUCCGGGACUCUUUCUCAGCAUUCAUGACCUUUUUGGGUUUGGUGCUCCUGUUUGUUUUCGUACAGUCCUCUACAUGCGCCGUGAUGGCGUUCUCAUCCAAAUCGACGGCAGCUGCCACACUAGCGAACACGGUCGUUCUACUCACUACAGCAGUGUUUGCUGGUUAUCUGAUCAACAUAAAGCGUUUGCCGACGGGUAGUGGAUGGGUUGCCUUUUUUUCUCCCUUUUUCUAUGCUUGGGGUGGGUGCCUCGCUUCGGAGAUGAAAGGAGGUCCGUACUUAUUCAAUGCCGUUUUCGGCUCGUCAUCCGUCGAGGUACCGGUGUCGGGACAGACGUACCUCAACGUGAUCGGUGUCGAGUUUGAUGAUGUCGAACGCAAUUUCAUCGGGAUCGUGCUUUUACUACUUGGUUUAAUCGUCAUCGGUCUAAUUACGCUCAGAUUUCGUGUAAAGUUCGCGCAGCGUGAGUGA